AUGAAACCUUCGCACAUUCUACUCAAAAACCGCGAAGUAUACAUCACCGGUUUUAGCUCAUCUCUUGACUGGUCGGACCGUGAUGGCGACGAAUCUGAGGGACGGCCGGAGUCCAUCACACGACGAUAUGCCGCACCUGAAGUAAUUAGUUAUGAAGCACAAAGUUCAUACUCAGACAUCUGGUCGCUGGGCUGCGUAUAUCUGCAGAUGUGGACAAUACUGAGAGGAGGAAGUAAGGAUGAUCUGGAGGCGCACAUCGGUGAUGACAGAGGGUAUAGCUCAACAGACAUCGAUCUUGAAGCUUGGAUCGCACGCAUGGAGGCACUCCCAGGCCCACGGUCGGACAACUUACCGAGCGAAUGGAUACGAAAAAUGUUACAGCACGACCGCAAGCAGCGACCGACAGCACAUGCCCUCCGCAGCAUGAUUCAAGAAGCCAGCGCGGAACUCGACGCAGAACACAUGUUCAUUGGUCAAUGCUGCCUCCAUGAGGACAAAGAAACCGAAGGCGUUGCGCCAAGUACCGAAGAUGUCUAA